AUGAGUUUCCCUGGCUUUCCCCCGAUGGGCGGCGCCGGUGCGAACCCAGCGACUGCCGGCAUGAGUGAACAAGAACAGAACGCGGUCAAGUUGAUAAAUACAUUCGCCGAAUCCUGUCCGUUCAAAGUAGUGCUGUCUGCUGGUGGUGGAUUUGUGCUGGGUGGUGCAUUCGGUUUUCUUGGUGCCUCUAUGUCAUAUGAUACCCCGCUCACACCCAAAGGCGCCGAAAUCUACAAUCUGCCAUGGCGCGAACAGCUCCGAGUUGGAUUCAAAGAUAUUGCCACCCGAUCAUGGAGCUCUGCAAAGAACUUUGGAUACAUCGGUGGUGUUUACGCUGCAACAGAAUGCGCUAUCGAGGGCCUCCGCGCCAAGAACGAUCUGAUAAACCAUACUGCCGCAGGAUGUGUGACUGGCGCAUGGCUUGCUCGAAAUUCCGGCCCGCAGGCUGCUCUCGUGGGCUGUGUCGGAUUCUCGGCGUUCAGCACUGCCGUUGAAGCUUAUAUGCACCGUAAACGAAGAGAUAAUGCCAUGAGUGUGAGUACUACUUCAACUGAAGGACGUAUCGAGUACUCGAAAGAAAAGCCUCUUAAUCGCGAACCUCCAAUAAAGAAGCUUGUGUCAAGCUUCAUCACUGAAAACAAUGCCACCUACGACCGCAACCAUGGUCCAAUCCCUCACAUCGCUGCCGAGGGCCACACGGUCACAAUUGAUGGACAAGUGACUAGACCGCUAACUCUCUCAAUAAGCGACCUGCGCUCAAAGUUCCCACAGCAUAAAGUUCUCUGCGCUCUCCAAUGCGCUGGAAACCGCCGCCACACCAUGCGCACGGAACUCAAAGAAGUCCAGGGGAUAGAUUGGCUUGAUGGCGCAGUGAUGAAUUGCACAUGGAAGGGUCCGCGCUUAAGGGAUGUGCUGAUAGCAGCGGGCGUGGAUCAAGAGCGAUUUGCCCGUGGACCGGGGCUGUUUGCCGCUUUUGAGUGUAAGCAGGUCGAGUGCCAGGACGAGAAGUGGUAUGGAGGGAGCGUGGAGCUAGAAAGAUGUAUGAAUGAGUCGGACGAGGUGAUUCUUGCGUUGGAGAUGAACAACAAGCCACUAAGCCCUAAUCAUGGAUUCCCAGUGCGAGUAGUCAUACCGGGGGUCGCGGGCGCGAGAUGGGUCAAAUGGCUAGAUCGUAUUACGAUUCAAGGCGAACAUUCGCAGAAUCAUUACCAGCGAUAUGAUUACAAAGUACUCCCGCCAGAAGUCGACAGUUCUGACAAAGCAAAGGGAUACUGGGAUCAGGUGCCGCCGCUGUUGGAUAUGCCUAUCAACUCUGUUGUAGCCGCCCCAGACGAUAAUGAGACAAUCAGAUUACCGACGUCAGGCAGAGUGGAAGCAAAGGGAUAUGCCGUUCCACAGGGUCACUAUGGUCCAGUCACGCGUGUGGAGGUCUCGUGGGAUGGAGGUAAAACUUGGGUUGAUGCUCAUCUGGAAGCACCGCAGAGUGAGGAAAUAAGAUCUGCGAGUGAUAAAUGGUGCUGGAAGCUGUGGAAAGCGUCCGUGCCUUUAGAGAAAGGUCCUGGGAAGAUUAUUCUCAGUCGGGCUACUGAUGCUGGAGGACACGUUCAGCAGGAAACAACACCUUGGAAUCUGCGUGGCGUGGCAUAUAACGGAUAUGGAAUGUCGAAAGGCCUGACUGUUGUAUAA